AUGGGAUUCGAGGAGCUGCUAGACCAGGUGGGAGGCUUUGGGCCCUUCCAACUUCGGAAUAUGGCCCUGCUGGCCCUGCCUCGCAUACUGAUGCCCAUGCACUUCCUCCUACCCGUCUUCCUGGCUGCUGUGCCUGCCCAUCGUUGUGCCCUGCCUGACACCCCUGUCAACUUCAGCCACCAGGACACAUGGUUGGAAGCCUACCUCCCCCGGGAGCCCAAUGGCAGGCUCAGCUCCUGCCUCCGCUUCACCUACCCCCAGGCCCUCCCCAACACUACAUUAUGGGAAGAAGGGCAGAGUCUCAAGGAGCUGCAGGCUGAGGCCUCCACAGAGCCGUGCCCUCAGGGCUGGGAGUACGACCACUCAGAGUUCUCCUCCACCAUUGCAACCGAGACCCCUCCUUGCCUGACCCUGCAGUGGGACCUGGUGUGUGAGCAGAAAGGCCUGAACAGAGCCACUUCCACCUUCUUCUUCGCCGGUGUGCUGGUGGGGGCUGUGGCCUUCGGAUACCUGUCUGACAGGUUUGGGCGCCGCCGCCUGCUGCUGGUGGCCUAUGUGAGUUCCCUGGUGAUGGGCGUGGCCUCUGCAGCCUCUGUCAGCUACAUCAUGUUUGCAAUCAUCCGCACCCUCACUGGCGCAGCCCUGGCUGGCUUCACCAUCAUCGUGAUGCCACUGGAGCUGGAGUGGCUGGACGUGGAACACCGCACUGUGGCAGGUGUCCUGAGCAGCACCUUCUGGUCAGGGGGCAUGAUGCUGCUCGCUCUGGUUGGGUACCUGAUACGGGACUGGCGAUGGCUUCUGCUGGCUGUCACGCUGCCUUGUGUCCCAGGCAUCCUCAGCCUCUGGUGGGUGCCAGAGUCUGCACGCUGGCUCCUGACCCAGGGCCGCUUGGAGGAGGCCCACAGGUACCUGCUCUGCUGUGCCAAGCUCAAUGGGCGGCCUGUGGGUAAGGAUGGCCUGAGCCUGGAGGAGCUGAGCAAAGUGGCAGCUGCAGAGCGGGUGGUCCGAAGACCUUCAUACCUUGACCUGUUCCGAACACCACGGCUCCGACACAUCUCACUGUGCUGUAUGGUGGUGUGGUUUGCAGUGAACUUCUCCUAUUACGGCCUGAGCCUGGACUUGUCGGGGCUGGGGGUGAACGUGUACCUGACGCAGCUGCUGUUCGGGAUCGUGGAGCUGCCCUUCAAACUGCUGGUCUACUUGUUUGUGCGCUACGUAGGACGCCGUCUCACAGUCGCAGGAGCGCUGCUGGGCACCGCCCUCACCUUGGGCGCCAGGUUGCUGCUGUCCUCGGAGAUGGUGUCCUGGCGCACCGCCCUGGCGGUGCUAGGGAAAGGUUUUUCUGAAGCUGCCUUCACCACUGUCUACCUUUUUACCUCGGAGUUGUACCCUACUGUGCUCAGACAGACAGGGAUGGGGCUGACUGCACUGGUGGGCCGGCUGGGGGGCUCUUUGGCCCCACUGGCAGCCUUGCUGGAUGGAGUAUGGGUGUCACUGCCCAAGCUCACUUAUGGGGGGAUUGCCCUGCUGGCUGCCUGCACUGCCCUCCUGCUGCCAGAGACAAGGAAGGCACAGCUGCCAGAGACCAUCCAGGACGUGGAGAGGAAGAGGGCCCCAUCCGGCCUUCAGGAGGAACAGAUGCCCAUGAAGCAGGUCCACGACUGA